UUUCUUCAUUGGCUGGGAAGCCCCGGGAGCCGCGCUCCCAUUGGCCGGCGUCGUUAGGUUCCUGCGAGAGCCUGUGUCCUCAGCUUGCCUUCCCCGCCCCCUAGUGGUCGUGUGCGUGCUCUGCACGCCGGAGCCGGCCCUCCCAUGCAACAUGACAUCCCCAAUGCAAAGAGGGCGAGCUUGUUAUUGCUGAUGAGCAGCCCAGGCUCAGGCAGGCGGCACCAGGACCUGCUGCUGCUGCUGCUGCCAGCACCGCUCCAUCCUUUGUUACAGUGUACCAGCCGUGCAACAUGCUGACCGUCAGCGCUGUAGACAAGCCGCAGCCACCUACCGCUGUUGACUUCAUGGACAUCUGUGAGUCCAUAUUGGAAAGGAAGAGACAUGACAGCGAGAGGUCAUCAUGCAGCACUUUGGAGCACAAUGACUUUGAAGCUGUUGAGGCUCUGGUCUGUAUGAGUUCCUGGGGUCAACGAAGCCAGAAAGGCGACAUGCUGAAGAUGCGGCCGUUGACUCCAGCCUCUGACUCCUCUGAUUUCAUCAUGCAGUGUGAAUCGUCCCCAUCCAUGUCCAGGGAUUUCCACUCUUUAUCCACCCUGUGCAUGACCCCUCCACACAGUCCAGAAUUUGCUGAACCAUGCACUACACUUCCCCCUAUCUCCCAAGUGACCUAUUCCAAACAGGUGACAGUGAUGUCUAGCAAUUCCCAUUGUUUGGUGUCCUCUUCAGCUUUGUCCAAGACGUUUGCUUUGCGGAUCCACAGCCAGCAGUCCUCUCAAGAGUCAGAGGUUUCAUUUAAGCCUCAGUCUUGCAGAGCAAUGGUCACAAGCGUCAUACGUCACACGGCCGACACCUCUGCCUUUCAUAACGUUCACCAGCCUCUUGUGAGAGUAAAUGUACCAGCUGUUAAAGACUUGUCCCAUAAGAGGUGUGAAGUUAAACAUAAGCCCACCAAAGAGACAGAUACCCAUGAGGACGGGUCACAAAGUUCCUCACCAUUGCACCUUCCACCACAGACUGAUAAACCCUGUCCAAAUACAGAAACGGGCAUCCAGCAACUAAAUGCUCAGAGAGAUGAGCCAGGGAAAUGUCAAAAGGAACAUUUAGUUGAGACAAACACUUUGGCUUCUGUCCCCGUUUCGAGCCCCCCUGUCCUUUGCCAGAUGAUUCCAGUCGCUGCACAAGCUGGUGUUCUCUCCGCAUUCAUCAAACCUUCUCCACAACCAGUGUGCAAUACAGUCAAGCCGAUCCUACCCCAGACCACCCCGCUUUCCCAGCCAGUUCUGAUGGGCACACCUAUGUCUCAGGGGACCGUUAUGUUUGUCCUUCCUCAGGCACCCGUUGCACAGCCACCUCCACAAUGUCCUCAUACUCUAAUGACAGUUGGGAGCACAAAGUUACUUCCUCUCGCCCCAGCCCCUGUCUUUAUAACUUCAGGCCAAUGCAGCUCUCCACAAGUGGACUUCUCCCGGAGACGCAACUACGUGUGCAGUUUCACUGGCUGUAAAAAGACUUACUUUAAAAGUUCACAUCUCAAAGCACACCUUCGAACCCACACAGGCGAAAAACCUUUCAGCUGUAAUUGGGAAGGAUGUGAUAAAAAAUUUGCCAGAUCUGAUGAACUUUCUCGGCACCGUCGAACACACACAGGGGAAAAGAAGUUUGCCUGCCCUGUGUGUGAUCGCCGGUUCAUGCGCAGCGAUCACCUGACCAAACACGCCCGCCGACACAUGACCACCAAAAAGGUGCCCACCUGGCAGACAGAGGUUGGAAAAUUAAACCGAGUAACCACGUCAGAUCAGUCAAGAAGCGCGGCGCCUCCACUAGGCAUGCUGGUCUCCAUGUCUACGUCGGUGUAAGAGGGACUGAAACAAAAAGUGAAAUUCCGCCCUUUUUACCUUUUAAGCACCAGAGACUCGACGCUCACUUCCUACUUUUGGUUGAUUUAAUCUUAUUCGAUCCCCUUGUCAUUUUUCCAUUGACCUAUAUUCACUUUCCAUGUGAGGCAAGUUUUAAUGAAUCUUUGUUACCAACCUUUUACAUAGGAAAAUAAAUCCUAUUAUUGUGGCAAUAAGCAUGUGAUACAUUAUGUGUAUGAUUCCAAGCAGACCACAAUCCUGCAAUUAUUAUUUUUUUUGCAUUCUUUUUUUUUCUUGGGGGGGGGGGGCUGUGCUUGGUUUGCCUUCUAGGAUGUGCACAUUUGCAGUCAGCGAGGUUGGCUCUUACAGGUAUAAGGCACAUUUAAUAUGAUAGACCGUCUUGGUGUAUCACAAUGUGUUUGACUUUUUCUAUCCUUUUUGUAUCAGUCUGUUGUUUACAGUUUGCACUGUAGUUGGCACCUGGCAUCGCUACCUUGCAUAUAGGUUUAAAGGCUAUGGACACCUUUAGGGGAAAUUUUUUAUUAUUAUUGUGUUCUACUCAUUUUGGAUUACAAAUCACUUUUUUUAUUUGGCCUUUAUUAAAAAUGUUUGCCCCUUUUCUCUAUAAAGAUGUCAGUGUGUGUAUUUGUAGAUUAUUGCUUUCAGUUCACAGUGAGUCGUGUCAGAUAGAAGCUCUGACGGCUCAAAUGUAACCCUUAUCUCUGAACUCCUGACUCCUCAUAAAUACUUAUUUACGCUAACUUCUUAUCAAACUGAUACGAAUUGAGCUAUACUGAGUGUUUAUGAGCUAAUUACUUCUGAACUCCUGACAGCUCAUAAAUACUUAAGCUAAAUUCUUAUCUAACUGAUAGGAAUUGAGCUAUACUGAGUGUUUGUGAGCUAAUUACUUCUGAACUCCUGACAGCUCAUAAAUACUUAAGCUAAAUUCUUAUCUAACUGAUAGGAAUUGAGCUAUACUGAGUGUUUGUGAGCUAAUUACUUCUGAACUCCUGACAGCUCAUAAAUACUUAAGUUAAAUUCUUAUCUAACUGAUAGGAAUUGAGCUAUACUGAGUGUUUGUGAGUUCAGAGAUAAGGGCCACACAUGAUCCGUCUUCGUUUCUAUCUGACAUGUCUCAUUGUGAAAUGAAAGCAAUAGUCUACAAAUACAGAAAAGAGGCUAACAUUUUUAAUAAAAAAACAACAGAAAAAAUAAUAUUUAACCCAAAUGAGUAAAAUGCAAUAGUACAAAAAAUGCCCCAAAGGUGUCCAAAGCCUUUAAGUAACAUGAAUAUGCUUAAAGGGUUUGUCCACCUUUUUAUUAAGUGAUGACCUAUCCUCAAGAUGGACCAUCCCUAGCUAAUUGGAGGGAGUCCGACAACCCAUAUUCCUGCUCGUUGACUUCAGUGGGCGCACUGCUGCAGUGAGGAGCUCAGUCCACUACAAAGUAGAUGAAGCUGUCUGCUUCUGGCGCUGGGGGGGCAAUUGCUGAACAGCUGAUUGGCAGGAGUGUGGAGUAUGUCGGACCCCCUCCAAUCGGCUAGUGACGGCCUAUCGUCAGGAUAGGCAACCCCUUUAAAUCAAAUCUGUUGGCUGAGCUGAGCCAAUUUACUUAAAGGGGUGACCCAACACUCUUAAAAGAGAACUGUUUAUAUAAAAGCCCCGAGGUAUAUAUAGAUUGGGGGGGAAUAUCUUUUUAAAGGGGUUUUCCGGCCCUACGAUAUUGAUGGACUGUCCUUAUGACCAGCUGUUUUGCAGUACCUUUGGUAGCAGAGGUACAGCUCCAUCAAUGGUGUAGAGGACAGAGCAGGUUGUUGAAGUCAAUGGGAGCAGUGCUGAAGUAACCAGCUCUGUCCGGAGUCAGGGUUGCGGCCCUGGGGGUGCGGAUUGUUGGACCCCUGCCAAUCACAUGCUCCUUUAGGGCAUUACAGCAGUGGUCAUGGACAUCCUGUGAAGGAGGGAAUUGGUGUUUGUGGCCUAGUAGAGCAAUUACAAAAUGGACAAGCCCUUUAAGAAUGCUUCUAAUGACACAAGGGCACCUUGAGGGUAACUCUCACCCUUGUGUAAUGUUGUAAUUGUAAUUAAUACACAGCAUAUAGGUUAUGGCUUUGUCUGUAACCCCGACCUGCAUGUUCAUCGAAUGGAAUCUGAUAGGUUGUGUCUAUUAUAUCUAUUGCACUAUACAUUGUAUGUUAUUACAUUUUAUUUGUUUCCGCUGUGUUUAAUGGGACAUUUUAAUGAUUAAUUUCAAAGCUGGAGAGACAAGGGAGGGGGUACUAUCAUUUUUGCACGAUUUAAGGAAAUUUGGGAAGUUUAACUCUUUAAAACCUGUUGUUGCAUCUCUCCAAGCAUCCCCCCCUCAGAUGGUGUUUAGAUGGUUUUAUGCAAAUUAUACAAACGAGAAAUCCACUUGUAUAUAUGUACAGCACUGGAAACCAUGAUUUCACUGAUUAAUCAUCUUGUAGCUGUUUAGCCACUGUGGCCCCCUGGUGGCCCAACAUGUGUAGUGACACCUUCUUCAUUCCUCAGUAUUAUAACCUCAAAAGCUGAUUUCUUACCCCAGAAAUGUUCUCUUGAGACUCGUAAUCUAUUUUUUUUCUUUUUGUUUCACAUACGUCAUGUGAC